AUGUACAAUCUUUUGAUCAAUCCUUCUGAUAAUUUAUUAUUUGAAACACCUCCUUUUUUAAGCUAAUUUUCAAACCCUUUCAUCCUAUGGUAGGGAAAAAAUAUAAAUUUUAACGGAAAAUAAGACAUAGAGCUUGAAUUACCUAAAAUUAGCUUAGUUAAACCAUAAAGCUUAAAUUAAAAAUCCUACAAAAUAUAAAAUGGAUGCCACAAAAAAGGCUUAGAAAAAGUCUUAUUAAAUUUAAAAAAUACAAGUGAAUUUUAUUGUAGAUACUGUGGUUCUACGAAAGCAAACUAUGAUGGAGAUCAAUGUUAGUCUUGUCAGUCAUAAUACUUUUCAGAAUGUUAUGCAAAUUAUUCUAAUUUAAGACCAUCUUAUUGGAGGUCAGAUUAUACAGUAGAUUCUUCAAAUAUUGAAAUAUGUAAGAAUAAUAUUUAAAGUUGUGUAGGAGGAAAUGGAGUUGGUAAUGAUUUAUGCUAUGAAGGUCAUAUUGGCCAAUAAUGCUUGUAAUGUGAUAUCAAUGGAGCAUAUUGGGGAGAAAGGUAUACAAGCGAAGGUUUCUUUUAGUGUACAAAAUGCAGUUCUAUUAGCUUUAACUUUCUUAAGCUACUUUCAAAAGACUGUAAAAUGAGAUAUGGGCUAUUUAUUUAUCUAAAAUGGGUAUUUUCUAUAUUGGGAAGUCAUUAUAAUAAUAAUCACACGCCUCUACUUUUAUGA